AUGAUCCGCACUAUCGCAUUUAUCGCUAUCGUCGUCGGCCUUCUCUCUGUUGAAGCCAGUCCACGUGACCGUCGUGAUGACAAAAUUGAAAGAUACUGCCAGAAGCAUCAAGAUCAUUAUGCCAAAUACUGUUCUGACAACGUUGAUGUUGACCGUGCCUCUUACGCCAAAUUGGCCAAGUUCUGCCCAGCUUACGAAAAACAUUGCGCCAUUCCUAAGCAUCGUGCUAAUGCAGUCCCUUCUUCUAAGGAUGGAGAUCUUGUCAUUCCACCACCACUCCCAAAGGGUGUUGACUUCGCUGCCCUCGAUUUGCCACUCGGAAAUGCCGCUGCUGCUCAACAAUCUGGAGAUUCAAGCCAACCCGCCAUUAGCAAGAACCGUUUGACUGCUGCUAUCAUCGCUAGCUGCACCCCAGAAUGUACCGCUGCCCAUUGUACUGACGAAUGCAAGUGCGCUCACACUCAUCCAAAGGUCCAUGCUAUGUGCAACCCACCAGCCUCUGCUGAAAUUGCCAACACAUGCCAGAGAUGGUACGCUAAGUGCCCAAUGUUCCAGCCAGUUCAAUACUACUAA